GCAACCCCCCCCCCCCCACCCCGCCCCCGGCCCCCCCCAGGACUCCAGCUGACCUCCAGCCGAGGCCUCGCUCGGGUCAAAGUGCAGCGAGUCGCGCGCGCACGCACGCACAGCUAGCGCGGCUGCGGCUGGCUAGCUCCUCAAGCUAGCCCGGGCGUCCGCUCCGGAGCCGUCUCGAGUCGUCCGGACGCAAAAUGUCCGCCAAAGAGCACAAAGUGUCCACCACGGAACGGCCGAUCAAAGCCGUGCCGUACCCGCCGGGGACCCGCCUGGGCGUGUCGGAGCUGUACGCGGACGGCCGUCCCGCCGUGGAGGUCCUGAAGGCGCACCUGCUGAAGGAGGGCCGGCUGGAGGAGGAGGCGGCCUUGCGCGUCAUCAACGAGGGCGCCGCCAUCCUGCGUCAGGAGAAGUGCAUGCUGGACGUCAGCGCGCCCGUCACGGUGUGCGGCGACGUGCACGGUCAGUUCUUCGACCUGAUGAAGCUUUUCGAGGUGGGCGGCUCGCCCGGCGCCACCCGCUACCUGUUCCUGGGCGACUACGUGGACCGGGGCUACUUCAGCAUCGAGGUGAGCGACCCCGACCAAAGCCCGCACUUCCCGCGGCACGGCGUCAACGCGGCGUUGUCUCGCCAGUGCGUCCUGUUCCUGUGGGCUCUGAAGAUCAACCACCCGGAAACGCUGUUCCUGCUCAGGGGCAACCACGAGUGUCGACACCUGACUGAGUAUUUCACCUUCAAACACGAGUGUAAGAUGAAGUACUCGGAUCGCGUGUAUGAGGCCUGCAUGGACUCGUUCGACUGUCUCCCCCUGGCCGCCUUGCUCAACCAACAGUUUUUGUGCGUCCACGGGGGGCUGAGUCCCGAGAUCAGCAGUCUGGACGACAUCCGCAAGCUGGAACGCUUCAAGGAGCCGCCGGCCUUCGGGCCCAUGUGCGACCUGCUGUGGUCGGACCCCGGCGAGGACUACGGCGCCGAGAAGAACCAGGACCACUUCAGCCACAACAGCGUGAGGGGCUGCUCCUACUUCUACAGUUACGCCGCCGUCUGCGACUUCCUGAUCAACAACAACCUGCUGUCCGUCAUCCGGGCGCACGAGGCGCAGGACGCCGGUUACCGCAUGUACAGGAAGAGUCAGACGACGGGCUUCCCGUCCCUCAUCACCAUCUUCUCUGCGCCCAACUACCUGGACGUGUACAACAACAAAGCGGCCGUGUUGAAGUACGAGAACAACGUGAUGAACAUCCGUCAGUUCAACUGCUCGCCGCAUCCUUACUGGCUGCCCAACUUCAUGGACGUCUUCACGUGGUCGCUGCCGUUCGUCGGGGAGAAAGUGACGGAGAUGCUGGUCAACGUGUUAAACAUCUGCUCGGACGACGAGCUCAUGACGGACGCCGACGACGCGGGCGAAGGCGGCGCCCCCGCCGUCCGCAAGGAAGUCAUCAGGAACAAGAUCCGCGCCAUCGGGAAGAUGGCCCGAGUCUUUUCCGUGCUCAGAGAGGAGAAUGAGAGCGUCCUGCGGCUGAAAGGGUUAACGCCGUCCGGGACGCUGCCGCUCGGCGCGCUGUCGGGGGGACGCCGCACGCUGCGGAACGCCGCCGAGGAAGCUCGAGGCGGCGGCGACGACGACGACGACUUCAAGCCGCUGCGCAAGAUCCAAAGUUUCGAGGAGGCGCGAGGCCUGGACCGCAUCAACGAGAGGAUGCCGCCCAGACGGGACCCCCCGCGCGGCGACGACGACGACGCCGCCGCCGCCUAACAAUCCGCACCAGUGGACUUUCUUCCCCCCCCCCCCCCCCCCCCCCCUCUCGG